UAAAGCUAUAUAGUUGUGUUUUAAAGCGAUGAGUGUAACAUACAAAAUUUAUGACAACGCAAGGUGCUGAAAACAAAAAGGGCACUUAUUAGGUAGUUGGUACAUGUGGUCGGUGUAGUGAAGUUCUGUUGUCUCAAAUAGAUGUUAUGUGUUACUUUAGCUGCUAUACCUGUUUAAACUAUGCAAUUUAUUUCCUAUAACAUGAGUUUGCCUUAACUUGUUUCAUUUUGAAUGCAGUUAUUUUUUGAAAUGUAGCACAAAUAAGGUGAUUUUCUCCUGGGAGACUUAUUUUUAACUCAUUUAAAGGAGAGGUCAAAUCUCCCAAAGAUGCUAAAUCUGUGAGCCAUUUUUAAUCUUCACAUUCUGGCACAAUUUUUCCUUUUCAAUCCAUAAAGGACUUGAUUUCACUUGGCAAAUCGUGAAGUCUUUGUAGCAUUUUACCCUGACUUAGCCACUUUCCUUCAGAAAAGCAAAUGAUGACUCCAUAAUCAGCAUCCAUACUUUCAAGGAACUCCUGGAACUAGUGAUGAUUCAGUCUCUUGGACUUUAUUCACAGGUUUGAUGAUGACUUGCAUGACAUUGCUCAUUUUUAAAACUUUUGCACAUAAUUUUUCUGGAUGUAUGAUGCUGUGAUAUUUCAUCAAAUGUGAGUUGCCAGUGGCAGUUGCAUCAUUUUCUACUAAUCUUACAGUCCAUCUUUUUUACUGACCAUCGCCAGGGUGCCAUCAGUAGCUCUGCCAUGUAUGUUGAUGAAGGUUAAAGAAAAUUGCUUUAGUGUAUUUUUUACUGUUUCAUACAAAUCAAGAGAUUUAGUUGUGUCUUUUAAUGGCACCACAGAAGCCAUUUCUUCAGUGACAUUAUAAUAAGUGACAAUACCCGUAACGAAAAUGGCAGGUUAAGCUGUAUCUGUAGCAUCAUUGUUUUCAUUUAUUGCCAGAGCUUUACUUACGAAAUUUCUUACAUUAGAUUUUCCUGUUUCUUUGAUUUGCCUGGUUCCAGUCUGCUGAGACAAACUGAUUUUAGAAAAAUCCGUGCUUCUUAUCAGGACAACUUAUAUCUGCCAUGCUUUCCAAACAUUGCUUAAUAAGCUCACCUUCAGUAAAUGGUUUUGAUUUUUUUUCUUUUUUUUGCAAUCAGAUUUACUACCACUUAACUAUCUUUUUUAACAGAGUCUGUUUGAUUUUUAGCAUUUAAAAAAAAAUAUUUUAAGUUCUGCUAUUAGUCUUUACGAAAUAGUCUUUAAUAUUCAUCAAAUUUAGCAACGUAUUUUAGCAUAUGAUGUCUUUUUAAAUAGUAAUCUUUGAAAACAGACCCUAUUUCCUUUCAUACUAAGCAUACUGCCGUAUUAUUUGUACCUACAGAAAAGUACUCAUCUGUCCAUUUUUAUUUUAAAAUUUGUCCUUUGCGAUUUUUCUUCUUUUGGCUUCUGUUUUCUUUUGAGAUGCCAGUGGGUAGGUUGAAAUGUUAGUACUGAUAAUCACAGCGUUUUGCUCAACAAGCACGUGCUCAUGCCAUGUGUAGUACAGCUGGGUUUUGGUGUGACAGAGUGCACAUGGUGGGUGCAAGAGGAAGAAUCAGUGCUGCAGUGGGCCCUCCCUGUGUCCUGGUUUCAGCCCAGACGGUGCUGAUCACACAGCACUGCUUGCUGCUGAGUGAUGGGUGCAUGCCUGGCGCUAGGCUGGGCUGCUCCAUGGGGAAGAGCUGCUGCAUGGGCACUGCUGGUGGUUCAUCUAAUGUUAAUUCUCUGUAAUUAGUCUGUUUCAGAGCUUCUGCCACUUUCGAUUUUGUAAUCUGGGUAAUUGCUGAAAACUUUCAUGCUUCAUAUGCGUCUGUUGCCAGUUAAAACUUUGGCACGUGCUGCUGAAGUCGGAUCCGCUGUAUCUUUAGGCAUAAAUGUACAUCUAUGAGCAGGUAUAAAAUCCCUUUGUUUAUUUGUGAUAAGCCUUCAGGGAGGUGUCAACAGAGCAUAUCAAUGUCAGACAUGAUCAAAUGGUUCGACAGAACUGUUGAACACUGACUCAAUUGUUCUUUCUUUAUUUUUAUCAUUUUUUUAAAUCUUACUAGGAUAAGAUUUGAGGUUUUUUUGCACUUUUUGUAACCCCGUUUGGCUAGUGAAAUUUACAUAGAAAAUAAAUUUGAUAGGGAAUGCAUGGUACACUGACAAAAUAAGAACAUAGUACAGGCAGCUUCUAGACUUUUAGUUGUAAAAGACAUUUUGAGAAGACAAAAUCUGUCAGUGGCAGAGACUGAAGAUAUUCGUAAUCAGGUUACAGUUGAUUUUUUCCAAAGUACUUAAACUUUGGAAAACUGAAACUGGGUGAUUUUAGACACAUGUAGAUUCAGAAACUGCAGAUUCUUGAUGUGCAAAGUUCUGUUAACUCAGGAGCCUAAACAAGUAAGUGGCUGCUAAUGUAAGUAUGCAAAAAAAAAAAAUAAAAAAAAAUUAGCAGCACAAAUUUUUGACCUGUCUUUUUGAAAUAACAUUUAUCAAUGUCGAGCAUACAAGUCCCUGAGUUUAAAUCGCCCCAGGUGCAGUAUGGCAAGCAUGACUUGCUGUUGAGAGGUGAAAUUUGAAAACCAAGUGAAAUCAUGGAUGUUUAUAAGGUGAACUUUUCAGAAUACAGCGUGUGUGUGCAGACUGGGAGGCAAUUCUGAAGAUGUUCUGCCAAGCAAAUGUCUGAGAAUUUUACUGAGACGUGCUAUUCAGUGGUCUGUUUUUUGCCCUUGGGUUUUCAACUAAUGAGAAACUAAUACAAAAACCUGUGAUCAUCGUUUAUUUGUAAUUCUAGCUGUGUUAGAACUUGUACCCUUUGCACCUUCUGUGACCCUACUGGAAUAAAAUUGCUGUUUGUGUCUGCAGUUUUGCAUGAGAUCUGCAACACACAAUACUUCUGCUCGUGAUAUGUCUUUGAAUAUUCUGUGUGGCUUCACCACCAUGUCAUGUAAUGGAAUUACAUUUUGGUAGAGUAUUGCAAUUCGUAUAGACUUUUAAACUGUCAUUUGUAAUUAUAUUUGCACAAAAGCAACUGCAAAAUUGUCUGUCAUUUCCGUUGUUUGUUAUAAUUUUUGUUCUUUUAGAAUGAAAGCAGGUUUAGGUACAUAGAUAACUGCCUCUACAUUUGCUUAAUAGAAAAAGUGAAAAGGAUUUUUUUUUUCCCUAUCCCGGAUGGCAAGUUGAGUGUCAGUUUGAAUGUGAAUGUAGGCCUUAAAGUAUAGUUUGAGUUUCAGCAGCUUGAAUUUACUUUGUUUGUUUUGUAAAACCUUUUAAAAUUCUAAUCAUAUAGACUUCAGUUUUGUGAAAAACUAUGAAACUUAUGAAAACAUUUCCUUACGUGAAGGAUUAAAGCCACAGAACUAAUUGCUGACUAAAUUAUUUUUUCAACUAAUAAGCCAUGAAUAAGAAAAUAUUCAAAAAUUACAUGAGAAAAUGGAAGAACUUGUGAUCUCACUACAUGGAAUUCAUAAGAUUAUAAGUGUAGUGGAUGGCUACAUGAUCCCUUCAUUUAUUUCAGUUUAUAUUCUAUAAUAAAUUAGCAAUUAUUUGCUGUGUUCUCUUUGAGAAAUUGGACAAAAUAUUUUAUUAAGAUAUAUUGUAGUAGCUAACUUUCUCUAAACUGUCAUAAUCACCUCUUGACUUUUUAAAAAAGUUGGUAUGCUGAAAAACACCUAGUAUUGGAUAGUUUUUAGAUGAAAUUUAUAAUUUAGAUUUUAAAAUUGGUUUUAGAGAUUAUAUUAGGUUCUUUCUUUAAAAGUAAUUAUACAUAAUUACUAAUACUCUUUGCAGUGUGUGUAUGGUUAAAACUAUAAGAGUUGAUCCCAUAAAUGUGCCCUGCAAAUAAGUAUGUUAUGAGUGUAGUUGUUUACAUGACUCCGUGCAAGUUCCUGGUUUGCUCACUUGUCUCACAAAAGGAAUAUUUUAAAUGUGAAAACAAAAUGACAGUUCUUUUGUCGGAGCUGUUAGCAAUGUCAUUGCAAGAUAGCUGAGAUUGGAAGGGACCUCUGGAGAUCGUCUGGACCAACCCCCAUGCUGAGGCACGGCUGCCUGGAGAGGAUUGCCCAGGACUGUGUCUGGGCAGCCUUUGAAGAUCUGCAAGAAGGGAUGCUCCUUAACCUGCCUGGGAAACCUCUGCCAGUGCCCUGUCACCUGUGCAGUACAGAAGUGCUUCCAGGCAUUCAGAUGGAACCUCUUGUGUUUCGGUUUGUGUCCAUUGCCUCUUCUGUCAGUAGCAGAGCCAAUCAACCGUCUUUUUCUGUAUGGAUACUCCUGGUGCAUAUUUUUACUGCCUCUCUGGACUUGGAGCUUGAAACAAUUGGCUGGCAGCUUAAUCUUGAAAUGUCUGCAACCACGCAAGCAAAGCUGAAAUCUCCUCGAGCUGUGCUAGAGCUGGGUGUGAGCAAUGAAGAUUCAAAGAACCUGAAGAAAGUGUUUGUAGAAUUUAGUCAUCAGGAGCUGUUUGAGUUCUAUAACAAGCUGGAAACUAUACAAGCACAGCUGGAUUCCCUUACGUGAUGUUUUUGAAGACUUAUUUCUCCAUCACACUCCUGCCACCUCAUUAUUUUGAAUUGAAGAUAGAUUGCCAAGCUGUGUUUACUGAAGGAUUCAGUGGGUUGCUUCCUGUAAAAUUAUACGGCUUAUCUCCUUUGAAAGCAGUAACAUUAGCCAAGAUAAAUCAUUGUUAAGAGUCUGAAGAUUGUAAUGGACAUUCUCUUGUUUUCUGAGCAAUUAUAAAAAGUGGCUUUACUUACAGAAAAAAGAAGAGACUGCUACCCUGUCUCAGAGUUUGGUUGUUACUCUUUAUUUCUCUGGUUGCUUUUUUUCCCUCUUAGGUGUGAUACUUGAUAAUGGAUAAAAUCUAUUUUUUACACAUAAAAACAAUAUAAAACUUUGGUAGUAAUGGUAGUAAGAAAGUACGCAGCUGAUGAAAUCUCUGUCCUUUUGACUUGUUGUUCUCACGGUAAAUAGAGCUUACUGCAAAUCUGUCAAAAUAAAUCUUGAAAUUACAAAUGG